AUUCGUCUUUAUUUAUCCAUUAUCCAUCCUGAGACUUCUAACUUCAGGAGAAUGGCUGCAGAAAAUCACUCUACAGUUACAGAAUUCAUUCUAGGAGGAUUAACAAAUCGGCCAGAGUUCCAGAUCCCUCUGCUCUUUCUCUUCCUAUGGAUCUACACAGUCACGAUGGUGGGGAACCUGGGUUUGAUCACACUCAUUUAUCUGAAUUCCCAGCUUCACACUCCCAUGUACUUUUUUCUCAGAAAUCUGUCAUUUGUAGAUAUUUGCUAUUCCUCUGUUAUUACCCCUAAAAUGCUGGUGAACUUUGUGUCAGAAAAGAACAGCAUAUCUUAUGUGGGGUGCAUGUUACAGCUCUACUUUUUCCUUGUUUUUGUCAUUGCUGAAUGUUACAUGCUGACAGUAAUGGCCUAUGACCGCUAUGUUGCCAUCUGCAGUCCUUUACUUUAUAACAUCAUCAUGUCACAUCAAAUUUGCUUCCUGCUAGUGGCUGUGGUCUACCUCAUGGGGUUCAUUGGCUCAACAAUAGAGACUGGCCUCAUGUUAAAUCUGUCAUAUUGUGAGAUCCUCAUCAGUCACUACUUCUGUGACAUCCUCCCUUUAAUGAAGCUCUCCUGCUCUAGCACCUAUGAUAUUGAGAUGACAGUUUUCUUUUUUGCUGGAUUCAACAUCAUAGUCACCAGCUUCACAGUGCUUGUUUCCUAUGCCUUCAUCCUCUCCAGUAUCCUCCACAUCAACAGCAGAGAGGGAAGGUCCAAAGCCUUCAGCACUUGCAGUUCCCACCUUACAGCGGUUGGACUGUUUUAUGGAUCUACUGCAUUCAUGUACCUAAAACCUUCCACAGCCAGUUCUUUGGCCCAGGAGAAUGUGGCCUCCAUUUUCUAUACCACAGUGAUCCCCAUGCUUAACCCCCUAAUUUAUAGCCUAAGGAACAAGGAGGUAAAGGCUGCCAUGCAGAGAACACUGAGAAGAAAAGUGUCUUGA